GUAUGCUGACUGUGUGAUUCUCUUACUUCCUCAGCUGGAAGCUGGACUUAGAUUGCUCUUCACUACAACUAAUAAAUGUCCGAAUCGAUUGCUAACAGCUGAGCCUUCUGCUCUCUACACUACUUUCGAUGAGAUGCUAGCAAAGCGUUUGGAUAAUGAAGUCAACCAGCUUCCUGCAGUUCUUGAGGAACCUGCCAUGGAAUUUAUUUGGGAUUUCUUGAACCACCAAGAGGGUCCACGUAUAAGAGAUCGUUUAAGCCAUGGAGAGAUCAAUCUGGAAGCAUUUCCCAGACAAGUAGCUAAUCAGAUAGUUGCAUUUGCAAUUACUCUUCUCUGCAGAUUCUCAGAUGAGGACAUGUUUGCUUUUAAGGAACACAUGGUCAUAAAACCACUGAUGAACUGUGCAAGUUGCUACCGUUCUCGAUUUCAUCCAAUUUCCCGACUCAAGAAACAGGUGCUGGAAUGUAUGAAGAGCAUUCUCUUAUGGCCUGAAUUGCCAACAGUGCCUGAGGAGCACAUUCAAACGAUUAAAGGGUUGGAAGGAAAUGCUGAAGCUAGUGCUUUAAUUUUGAUGAUAUCUGAAAUUCUCUCUCAGUUGCAGCAAUAUAUGCCCCAGGAUUGCUGUAGUUCAGAUGAUCCAAUUGAUAGUGUCCUAACAGAGAGGCUGUUGACUGAACUUUGUGAUACACGUAUUUGCACACUUUAUUCUCCCCGACCUGUUCUGGAAAUACUGGUGGUACUCCGUAAAAUAAGCACACAGUGCCAUCAAGUGUCUGAACAAGUUAUUGCCGGCACUGAGUUGAGAUACAAACAGUGGAUGAACAAGACUCUGCGUUCUCGCCAGAGGCAUAACUAUCUACGAAUGUUAAACAGCGUUAAAUUUUUGUCUCCGGUGUUGCAGCUCAUCUUAGUGUUGAUUACUCUGGAACUAGUUAAUGUUCAUUUGGUUUGUAAGAAGAAUCCUUUUGAUUAUCAGCAGUAUCUAAAGUUUUUGAAGUCAGUCUUGCAGUAUACUGAGAACUUGGUGACGUACACAAGCCCUGAGAAAAACAAGUGGGAUGAAACCAUGGAGCUUACAAACAAGGCUUUGAUAAAAAUAAGGAAAGUCAGUGACAGAAAGCUAAUGUUAAUGCAGCUAGCUACAUAAAUUUUAAGAUUAUUUAGACAUUAUUGUAUCUUAAGAGUUCUGGAGUCCUCAAAUUUUACAAAUCUAAUUCAAAGACAAACUUCAUCA